ACUUCCGAAGAAGUUGAGCAAACACCUCCUCCUCAAGGCCCCCAUCCCAAUUUCUGCUGGGAAUUCGGAUCCUACUCUGCCCGGACCCGGGAGCGCAGAGGCGGCGGGGACGGGACGAGUAACCAGGUUUCAAGAUGCUGCGAGUACCUAGGACCAAACUGGACGGGCUGGGCCUCAGCCUCUCCAGGCUUCACUACAAGGCGGUGAUGGCGUUGAGGCGGGAGGAUGUGAACGCCUGGGAGAGGCGGGCUCCCCUGGCUCCCCGGCACAUCAAAGGGAUCACCAAUCUGGGGUACAAGGUCUUAAUACAGCCUUCCAAUCGGCGGGCCAUUCACGAUAAGGAAUAUGUCAAAGCUGGUGGCAUUCUUCAGGAGGAUAUUUCUGAAGCUUGUUUAAUUUUGGGAGUUAAAAGACCCCCAGAGGAAAAAUUAAUGCCUAAGAAGACCUAUGCAUUCUUCUCCCACACCAUAAAGGCUCAGGAGGCCAAUAUGGGUUUGUUGGAUGAGAUCCUAAAACAGGAAAUCCGACUUAUUGAUUAUGAGAAAAUGGUGGAUCAUAGAGGAAUACGGGUAGUGGCGUUUGGACAGUGGGCAGGUGUGGCAGGGAUGAUCAACAUUUUACAUGGAAUGGGUUUAAGGCUCCUUGCUUUGGGACAUCACACACCUUUUAUGCACAUUGGCAUGGCUCAUAACUACAGGAACAGCAGUCAGGCUGUGCAAGCUGUCCGAGACACUGGCUAUGAAAUAUCUCUGGGUUUGAUGCCAAAGUCGAUAGGGCCCUUAACAUUUGUGUUCACAGGGACUGGUAAUGUAUCUAAGGGAGCCCAAGAAAUCUUCAAUGAAUUACCUUGUGAAUAUGUGGAGCCGCAUGAAUUAAAAGAAGUUUCCCAAAAUGGAGACCUGAGAAAAGUGUACGGGACAGUGUUAAGUCGCCAUCAUCAUCUGGUCAGGAAAACAGAUGGUAUAUAUGAUCCUGUAGAGUAUGACAAAUAUCCUGAGCGCUACAUAAGCCGUUUUAAUACUGAUAUUGCACCCUAUACAACUUGUUUAAUUAAUGGAAUCUACUGGGAACAAAACACCCCUCGCCUACUAACCCGCCAAGAUGCUCAGAGUCUCCUGGCUCCAGGCAAGUCCUCAGUUGCUGGUGUUGAAGGCUGCCCUGCAUUGCCACACAAACUUGUGGCAAUAUGUGACAUUUCAGCUGACACCGGAGGAUCUAUUGAGUUUAUGACUGAGUGUACGACAAUAGAGCAUCCCUUCUGCAUGUAUGAUGCAGAUCAGCAUAUUAUUCAUGACAGUGUCGAAGGCUCUGGGAUUCUGAUGUGCUCCAUUGACAAUUUGCCGGCACAGCUUCCAAUUGAAUCCACCGAAUACUUUGGAGACAUGCUUUACCCUUAUGUUGAAGAAAUGAUAUUAUCAGACGCGACACAGCCUCUUGAAAGUCAGAAUUUUUCUCCUGUGGUGCGAGAUGCAGUGAUUACAUCCAACGGCACAUUGUCUAAUAAGUAUAAAUAUAUCCAGAAACUCCGAGAGAGCAGGGAACGUGUUCAGUCACUUUCAGUGAGCACCAAGAAAAAGGUCUUGAUUCUUGGAUCUGGUUACGUAUCUGAGCCUGUGUUGGAAUACCUGUCGAGGGAUGACAAUAUAGAAAUAACAGUAGGUUCUGACAUGAAGAAUCAAAUCGAACAGUUAGGCAAGAAAUAUAAUAUUAAUCCUGUUAGCCUGUACGUUGAUAAGCAAGAAGGGACGUUGAGCUCCUUGGUGGCAACGCAGGAUCUUGUCAUCAGCUUGUUGCCUUAUGUAUUGCAUCCUCUUGUGGCCAAGGCGUGCAUUGCAAGCAAGGUUAACAUGAUCACUGCAAGCUACAUCACCCCAGUGCUAAAAGAAUUAGAAAAGAGUGUGGAAGAUGCUGGCAUCACAAUCAUUGGCGAAUUGGGAUUGGACCCUGGUCUUGAUCAUAUGUUGGCAAUGGAAACGAUAGAUAAGGCCAAAGAAGUGGGAGCCACGAUUGAAUCUUAUGUUUCCUACUGCGGUGGCCUUCCAGCCCCUGAACAUUCAGACAAUCCUUUGAGAUACAAAUUUAGCUGGAGUCCAGUGGGAGUUUUGAUGAACAUAAUGCAGCCCGCCACCUACCUGCUCAAUGGAAAGGUUGUGAAUGUGGUAGGGGGUGUCUCCUUUCUGGAUUCGGUUACUCCUAUGGAUUAUUUCCCCGGAUUAAAUUUGGAAAGUUAUCCUAACAGAGACAGUACCAAAUAUGCUGAGAUUUAUGGCAUUCCAUAUGCUCACACUUUAUUACGGGGGACGCUGAGGUACAAGGGAUAUGCCAAAGCCCUGAAUGGAUUUGUAAAACUGGGUCUUAUAAACAGAGAUGCAUUUCCCGCCCUUCGACCUGAGGCCAAUCCGCUCACCUGGAAAGAACUCCUCUGUGAUCUAGUGGGAAUUUCACCCUCCUCCAAGUGUGAUGUGCUUAAGGAAGCUGUCUUUAAGAAACUAGAAGGAGACAAUACCCAGCUGGAGGCUGUUGAAUGGUUGGGCUUACUUGGGGAUGAACAAGUCCCUCGGGCAGAGUCUCUCGUGGAUGCACUUUCCAAGCAUUUGGCCAUGAAGCUUUCCUAUGGCCCUGGAGAGAAAGAUAUGAUUGUGAUGAGAGACAACUUUGGAAUCAGACAUCCUUCAGGACAUUUAGAAAAUAAAACUGUUGAUCUUGUGGUGUACGGGGAUGUCAAUGGUUUUUCAGCUAUGGCUAAAACUGUGGGGUUACCCACUGCUAUGGCAGCCAAGAUGUUACUUGAUGGUGAAAUUAAAGCUAAAGGCCUGAUGGGGCCCUUUUCAAAGGAGAUCUAUGGACCAAUAUUGGAGCGAAUUAAAGCAGAAGGCAUUAUGUAUACUACACAGAGCACAAUCAAACCAUAAUUGAGGAUUAUAUUUUGUUUUUAUCUUCCCAGCCAACACAGCUCUGAACUUUUAUGCAACAACAUGCUUGCUAAUGUGAUAUUUUAAAACAUAAUGCAUGAUAUGUUUUGAUUAAGUGAAUACAAUGGUGUUUUUGAAAUAUAAAUCUCUAUUUUAAUAUGAAAACAUUUGGAACAAGAGAUGCUGGUAAUUACCAGGGAACUUUAAUAAUUCGAUCAUGUAUUUUUUCAUGUGUAUGUAAAAGUGAUAAUGAUUGUACUACUUGUUAAUUUAUUAUGCAACUUUUUCUUACAAGAAUAUAUUUUCUGAUAAUUAGCAGAUGAAGUUUUAUCUUUUUAGUAGGAAAAAAAUUUCUUCAUGCAGCUUUAUUUUUCUUUUGCUUUUAUUUUUCAAACUGAUUCAGUUGGAUGCUUUUAGAUUACCAAAGCUUUGCAAUAAUACUAUUUUAUGCCUUUUUGUAAAAUUAUGAUCCAUUUAGAAAGUGACAUUUCUUAUAGCUUUCUUUUAAUGUUUGGAAAAGGAAAUAGGUAAGACUAAAUCAAAAUUCACGUGAUCACCUCAUUAGGCACAGGAAAAGCAUUAACAAAUCCAACACACUUUUAUGAUAAGAAACACUCAACAAACUAGGAAUAGAAGGGAAUUCUUCAACCUGAUAAAGGGCAUCUAUGAAAAAACCAUAGCUAGUAUCAUAGUUAAUGAUGAAAGACUGAAGGAUUCCCCCCUAAAAUCAGAAACAAGACAAGGAUGUAUACUCUUGCCAUUUCUAUUCAACUUAUACUGGAGGGUAUAGCUGGGCAAUUAGGCAAGAAAAUGAAAUAAAAGACAUCCAGAUUAGAAAGGAAGGUGUAAAACUACCUCUAAUGUUAUACAAAGAAAAUUCAAAAGAAUACUCUAAGAAAACAUUAGAACUAAUACAUGAGUUCAGCAAAGUUGCAUGAUACAGGAUUAAUAUUCAAAAAUUGAUUGUAUUUGUAUACAAUAUCAAUGAAUGAAGCAAAAGUAUAUUAAGAAAACAAUUCUAAGAAAAAGUGUAAAAUAGGAAUAGAUUGAGAGUCCAGAAAUAACUCGUAUUUACAGUCAAUUGACUUUUGAAAAAGAUGCUAGGACAAUUCAAUUGAGAAAAAUAAUCUUUUCAUCAAAUUGUGCUGAAACAGCUGGAUAUCCACAUACAAAAGAAUAAAGUUGGACUCCCUACCUCACAGCACAUAUAAAAAUUAUCUCAAAAUGGACCAAAUACCUAAAUAUGAGAGCAAACACUAAAAAACUUUUAGAUGAAAUCAUAGGUGUAAAUCUUUAUGACCUUGGAUUAGGCAAUGCUUUCUUAAAUAAAUGACACCAAAAGCACAAGCAGUGAAAGAAAAAAAAAAUAGAUAAAUUGGGUAUCAUCAUGAUUAAGAAUUUCUGUGCUUCCAAGAAUACCUCAAGAAGGCAAAAGACAACCCACAGAAUGAGAGAAAAUGUUUGCAAAUCAUAUACCAAGUGAGAGAAGAACUUGUACUUAGAAUAGGUAAAGAACUACUAUAUUCAAGAAAAAGUCAAAGAGCCCAAUUAAAAAAAACGGACAAAGGAUCGGAAUUAACUGUUCUCCAAAGAAGGCAUACAAAAGGCCAAUAAGCACAUGAAAAGAUGCCUAACAUACAUUAGCUAUCAGGGAAAUACAAAUCAAACCUACAAUGAGAUACCACUUCAAAGUCACCAGGAUAGCUACUGUGAAAAAAUAAUAACAAGUGCUGGUGAAGAUGUGGAGAAAUUGGAACCCUCAUAAACUGCAGGUGGAAAUAUAAAAUGGUACAACUGCUUGGAAAAACAGUUUGGCAGUUCCUCAAAUGGUUAAACAUAGAGUUACCAUAUGAUCCAGUAAUUCCACUCUUUGGUAUUACAGAAAUGAAAAUAUGUCCACGCAACAACUUGUAAACAGAUGUUCAUAGCAGCAUUAUUCAUAACAGCCAGAAAUCAAAACAAGUCAACUGCCCAUCAAAUAAUAAAUGAAUAAACAAAAUGUGGCAUAUCCAUACAAUGGAAUAAUAUUUGGCAAUUAAAAAGAGAUUAAGUACAGAUACUUGCUACAACAUGGAUAAACAUUAAGUGAAAGAAGCCAGGCAUGAAAAGCCACAUAUUGUAUGAUUUCAUUUGUUUGAAAUGUCUAGAAUAGUCAAAUCUCUAUAUGGAGAAAGUAGAUUAGUGGUUGCC